UUUUCGCUGGCCAACAACACACACACACCGAAAAGUGCUGGCUCGCGUUAAAAAAUUGCUGAAAACUAGUGAAAAUUCCAAGGGACACAGUGCCUGGGAUAUAGUGAGAUAUAUUGCAGUGAUUUAGUGCCAGAGAUCGGGGGAUAUGUUCGCGAAGGGCCAAGGCAGGUGGCCAGAACCGAGCUAACGGGCUAACGGGCUAACGGGAUAUGUGCUCGAGUGCGUGUGAGUGUGUGUGAGCGCCGCAGGAAAGUAGGCUACGAAAAACGCAUCGCCUGGUAUUUAUGUCGCGCUCCCGCUCGAUCGACCCCCGCCGUCAUCAUCAGCAGUUAGUAGAUCACAAUUAUCGGGGCAUCCGGGGCAAUUAUGGCCUGGCUCCUAACCAGAUUCCUGGCCUGCUGGCGCCUCUGCCUGGGCCUGCUCUCCGUUCUGGUCUGUUUGGCCCCUUGUGUCAAUCUGCAGCCAGCCGAGAACAUCAACUACAAUCUCGUUCACUCGUGGGCCGACAAACUGGGCACGGAGCUGUUUCAUCUGGGCGAUUUCAUCACCAGGCGCAAGGAGGUUCAAAAUCAUUUCAAGGACGCAAAAGUGGUAUCACGGAAUGGUGCCUCCAUUGUCGAUUCGAUGGCCAAGGAAAUCGAAAUGAUGAUGGAUCUCAAGGUCAGCGCUGUGCGGCGCAUUAUGGACACGGCUGAGAAUACGGCUCUGUCGCAUCAGAAUGAUAUGGCGGACAAGAUGUUCUCCUAUUACAAUGCCAAGGAGAUGCUGGAGCCCGGUGAUCCCAUACCGCCCAUACCCACGCCAGCUCCGGACAUGGACAAGGAUAUCGGGGAGCCACUGAUCUAUGUGCAGCCAAAGGUGGUGGUCUUGGAGCCACGCCCGGAGUUCCACAACACUCCGGUCAACUUUAGCGUGAGCUCGGUUCACGUCCCGGUCAAUGUGUUCGAUCGAGCACCGGAUGUGAUAAAAGCAAUUCAGUGGUCGGAGAAUUUGGAUCAGAUAUUCCGCGACAAUUACAAAAACGAUCCGACAUUGUCGUGGCAAUUCUUUGGCAGUUCGACUGGUUUUAUGCGUCAAUUCCCUGCAUCGAAGUGGAAUAAGGACGUACCGGUCGAUCUAUACGAUUGCCGCCUACGCUCCUGGUACAUGGAGGCGGCGACGAGUCCGAAGGAUAUCAUUAUCCUGAUGGAUGGAUCCGGUUCAAUGUUGGGACAGAGGCUAGAUAUCGCAAAGCAUGUUGUCAAUACGAUACUCGAUACAUUAGGUACAAAUGACUUUGUGAACAUCUUCACCUUUGAUAAGGAAGUGAGCCCAGUGGUCGGAUGUUUCGAGGAGACACUCAUUCAAGCGAAUCUGGGCAACAUACGUGAACUGAAAGAAGGGAUUGAAUCGUUUAAGCCCAAAUCGAUUGCCAAUUAUACCGCUGCAUUGACAAAGGCAUUCGAGAUAUUGGAAGAGACCAAGUCGUCAUCGCGCGGGGCGCAGUGCAAUCAGGCGAUCAUGAUCAUUGGCGACGGGGCGCCGGAGAACAAUCGCGAGGUCUUCGAGUUGCACAAUUGGCGUGACCCGCCGUACAAGCCGGUCCGUGUGUUCACCUACCUGAUUGGCAAAGAGGUGGCCAAUUGGGAUGAUAUACGGUGGAUGGCAUGCGAGAAUCAGGGCUACUAUGUCCACCUCAGCGACACCGCCGAGGUGCGCGAGAUGGUCUUAAAUUAUAUUCCAGUUAUGGCCCGUCCCCUGGUCUUGGGUAGGCACGAUCAUCCGGUGAUAUGGUCCCAGGUCUAUGCGGACAUCGAGGACACCAAGCUCUCCGACUAUUUGUGGGACAUCAAUCAGUGCGAAUACCAGAAGGCCGAUGUCCUUGAAUACUGGCAGGUGCAUGACCGAAUGCUGGAGCCCAGCGAGAUGCACCGACGGAAGUACAGGCGAAUGAAGGAGACCUGGAACCAGCCCGUGGACUCGAAUGUCUAUCAAUUUAUGACCACCGUCUCGAUGCCCAUCUACGACCGACGCGAGAACGCGCUCAUUAAUCUAACGACCGAUAUAAAUCCGGCUGCGAAAAUAAACCUUCAAGUUACAAGAAUUGCCAACAUCCUGGGCGUGGCCGGCACGGAUGUGCCCAUCAAUGAAAUAAAGAAGCUGCUGUCGCCGUUCACGCUUGGCGUGAAUGGCUAUGCGUUUAUAGUAACCAACAACGGUUAUAUACUAUUCCAUCCAGACUUUCGUCCAAUUUUCCAAGGCUACAUUUUGAAGCCUUCGUACAAUAGCGUUGACAUGAUUGAAGUCGAGCUGUUGGAUGACGAUCGACCCGCCAGAGACUUCAAUCCAGUGCUGAUGACGAUAAGAGAUUCUAUAAUCAAUCAAUCAACAGGCAGCAAAUGGAUGUUGGUCAAGAAUCAUUUCGAUGAAAUGAAACGGGUAACUCGCAUAAAACGUCAAUAUUACUGGACGGCCAUCAAGAAGACACCUUUCACUCUGGUCAUUUCCUAUCCGGAGCAGUAUGGUGUCAGCCGCUUGGACAUUCGUACCGAUCAGGAAAUCCAUCGCAUGAAUGUCGAAGGCACAAAUUUGCGCAGCUUUUUUGCUGGCAAGAAAUGGAAAAUCCACCCAGAUUGGCUAUUCUGCAAGCACAGCAACAGGACAUUCAAGACGCCAGAGAUCGAACUCCUGUACUUUCUCGAGCGCAUGUCUGAGCCUGGCUGGCGAUGGCCGGGAAGCCGUAGUGCUAUGCCCCCAGAGCACGCAGCCGCCAUGUUCUCUAACAACUCAUCAACUGGCCGCUAUCCAUCAAUCAAUGAAAAAGAAAGCUACUAUUGCGAUCGGCAGCUGAUGCAGGCCCUGGUCUUUGAUGCCCAUGCCACCGACUGGUACGCCAACACCACCAGCUUCAUGGAGGACAAGAUCACCACAAGCGCAUCAAGCCCAAUAGCCGUUCUAAUGGGUUUGCUGCCAAGGCACGAGUUCAAGCAGCGAUUCGGAGUCACUGUUGCCUUCCUGGCCACCCACAGCGGCCUCACCCGCUGGCAUGAGUUUCACUCAAACAAUGCCGAAGAAUCUGGAGCCGGCGAGACCUUCAGCAAAAACAACACGCGGGCCAUCGACGAGAUUUGGUAUAAGCGGGCCGUUGACCAGCAUUUUGUGAGGGAAGAAAGCUUUGUCUACUCGGUGCCCUUCGAUGCGGGUGAGAGCAAUUCGGAGAUCCUGGUCACGGCCAGUCAUGCCGUCUUCCACAGCGAAGGGGGCAAGUCAGCACCUGCUGCAGUUGUUGGCUUCCAGUUUCAACACUCGGCGCUCUACAAACUCUUCCACAACAUCACCGGCAAUGCCUGUGCCGUGGAUGACAAAGACUGCUAUAUACUGGACAACAAUGGCUAUGUGGUCAUCUCCACGCGCGUCCAUGAGACGGGUAGAUUCUUUGGCGAGGUGAACGGACCGAUUAUGAAGCGGCUGCUGGAGGAGAAUGUGUACAGGCGGGUGGUGGUCUACGAUUACCAGGCGGUCUGCUUCGAGUCCAAGAAUGACAACAAUGCCUCAAGCAUGCUGCUAUCGCCACUUUUCCAUCUACUGCGCGUGGGCAAAUGGCUGCUGCAUACGGCGCUGUGGUAUAUUGUACAACUGUUGCAGUGGGCGCCCGGAGUGUCCAGCCACUAUGCGGACAUGUACGGCGACUCCAAUGACACAGAGCCACCGCCACCGCCGCCCCCAGAGCCGGAGCGCCAUGCCCAUGGCAAUGGCAAUGGGCAUGGGAAGAAGAACGAUGAUGAUCACUGGCUGCGGUAUCUAACGCUCCACAGGACGCGGCUCAAGCCCUGCGACAUGCAGCGUGAACUGUACACGCUAUUUAACGAGAAGGACAACGUUGUCUACAAUAUGACAGCCCAUGCAUGUGAGCGGCCAUUUGUCGUCCUGCCCAUUCCGUUGAGCAACCUCAUCUUGCUGGUCAUUGACCAGCUGUGUCCGCGGGACGCCACGCUCGUCCUGACGGUAAAUCCGCAGCACAUCGACUACCACCUGUCGAUCAAUGACUCGCUGGCCUGCUUCAAGCAGGCCCGAGAGUUCAAUCGCGUGCGACCCCAGAGCUGCAUCAGUCGGCAUGCGAAUGAGAGCAGCAUCAAGCUGUGCGGCAAGGCCUGCUCCGUGUACGCAAAUCUGGGGCUCCUGCUCCUCUGCCACAUACUGAGUCGCUGGCUGUAACGUCGGCCCACAAUGGGAUUAGCUUAAAUCUAGGCAAUAUACAUAUAUACACAUAUAUGUUUUUGUAUUAUAUACGGUAGAGCCAUCCGAAGGGAGAUGGAGAUUUUUUACUCUAACGCUUGAGCGCAGUUCAAUAUUUUUCGGUCACCUAGAGAAACUUUUCCAAAUUAGUCCUUAAGUAGCUAAAUACAAGUAUCCGUUUCGACCUCUGCGUUUGCUGUUGAGAGCGGAACAACACAGUGAACAACGGGCAGUGUGUGCCGCCGGUGGGCUGGGCUCAUUGUGUAGACCUUCCAAUAGACAGGACAGAAUAUAUAUAUUAUAUAUGUAUUUAUUGUGUACAUGAAACUGAAACAAAAAUUCCAACAACGGCCUUAAACGACUCGCAACCAGAGCAGAUAAGCUGAAAUAAGCCCACAGCCCAGCGAGGUGACUAAAGUUAUGGCACACACUGUACCAUCAUAAAUGCCGACUACUGCCCAUGGUUAUGUGUGUGAAUGUGUGUGUAAUAGUGUGGGCGUGAAUGUGUGCAGGUGUGUGGUGUGAGGUGUGAGGUGUGCAUGUUAAUCCUAAUCUAAGAUGGCCACAUUUGUAAGUAACACUUAGCUACGAGUUUAUGUUUAAAGAACGGAUCAAGGAAACCUAUCGAUGGUGUAAAGGCGAUGAAUGAAUAAUGGAACCAUUUAAUUAUAUAUAUACACACAGAAACACACACACACAUUAUAUACGAUAUAUAUAUAUACCUACGAGUACUAACGCCCAGUACCAACCAACCAUACAUGCUAACUAAUUUAAGUAGCUUUUGUAUAUUUGCUUAGCUUAGCCCGGCGAUAAACCGAAACCGAAACUAACCGAAACAGAAAAGUUCAGCCUUGGAGAAAACUACAUACUUUUAUAGACAAAUUCGUUAAAUGGGAUGGGAAACCACUAAGACAGAAAUCGAAACCAAAUCUAAACGCAUUGUUUUUAUAUACACUGAUGAUGACGAUACCUAGCAUUACCCACAAGUACCUACAUAUUUGAGAAGAAACUAAAAACAAAAGACAAAGGAACAAAAAACAAACAAACAAAAAAUGAUAAAUCAACUUUUUAUUACUUAAAAAAAAUACUACUUGAUACGAGCCACAGAACUGAGCCGAGAACGGAGACGAUUGAGUAAUAAAAAACAAGCAAGUAAACAGCAUCUAGUGACUAAAUUAUUAUUAAUACUACAAUUAAACAUUGACUAGUUGAAAUUUAUACCAAGACAAACUCGAAUGACAUCUUCUUAAAGGCAAAACUCUCAGCCGAGGGAUAGAGAGGAUCUCCGGAGCAGAACUUGCUAAGCUUUAGCCCCCCUAUGUCGCCCAUGGUAGUGUAAUCAACUUGUGCCAUUCGAACUGCCUAGAAUUUGUUAUUAACUAUUUAAUACUAAAACUCAUUACGCGUUUUUUAGAUGCGACUAACCACAGAACUCUGUUAAUCCUCUCGCAGGUUGUUUCCAUUCCUUAUUCAUUUUGUAUAUUCAGAUUGACGAUGAUAUAUAGUAGGGUAACGAACGAAAGCGAAUAUCAAACUUAUACCAAGCCUGCGCCUGCAUGCCUAUACACCGAUCUCAAUACUCAAAUUUAAACUGCAACUUCUCCUCACGAACAAAAUGAAACAAAUACGGAACGAAAAUAAAGGGAAAUACCAAAUACACACUCGCUGGCAGCCACAAUUGUACUACAUUACAUAAACAUAUUUCAAAUUCAAUCAAAUACAAGUAAAAACCAUUUGUCUAAUGUGCUAAAAGAAGAAACUGAUAAU